UGUUGUAGAAGAGCGAUUCUCUCAAUGCCCAACAAUUUGUUGCUUCCAGGAUCCAACAACGUAGCUUCAACAAGCAACGCAACUGCAAACAAGAAACGUUAUAGUUGGGCACUCGUUGCCGUGGUGUUGUUUGUUGGAAGAGCUAUUAGAGUAUUGACCUCUUGGGACACCUAUCACUUUUUACACUCCUCUUCCACUCCAAUCAGUAUUUUCGCUUGUUAUUCUUUUUUCUGGGCCUCAGCGAUUCUUUGUUUACUUCAACGUCCUUGGAAAGGAAAACGAAUUUCAAAGAGACGGCUUAGUAGAGUGUGUCUUUUAAGCUGCAUUAUAGCAGUAGCCCUCGUGUGCUGGAUACAAGGGCUCUAUUGGUGUGGAAUAUUCCGUGUUUUGUUUUUUGAUGGUGCAGAAUUACCACUUGUAUUCAUAUACUCCUUAUUUGGUUCCGGAGAAAGCUUUCGAAGACAGAAACUUCGCGGACUUGUGGUGGUCGGUCUCUCGUUUCUAUUGCUAUUCACCAGUCCUUUUAUUUCUUCCAUGCUUAGCUUUCAACCAAGUUCCGUUGAAAAUGUGGGUAAACAGCACGCUUCUGUUGUAGAUGAGAAAUCGACGGUUUCGGUGCUUUCGAAAUUGCGAAGUUUUGCGACAAAACCAUCUCCUGUAGAUAUCUCACCAGACGAGGAGAGUACAUCAUCGUGGUCGGAUCCAAAUGCUCAUAGGGAGAGUGUGCGUCAACUUUUUGCAGAAGAUGUCAUUGAAGGAGACAAGAACUUGGCUUAUGAUGGAUCAUGGAAUGUAUCUCCCUUUGGUAUUCUGCUCGUCACCAUAUCUUCCAUUUUAUUUGUGCUCUAUCGUCUCUUUUCUUUGAAAAUUUCAUCCAACUUGGAUGGUCCGAAGAGAGUCUUUGCAAUCAGCAACUCUCUUGCAGUUUUGAUUUUGCUUCCAAUUUGUAUUUUCCAGCAAUGGUUUGUUGUGUAUUCAGAUGCAACCCAUCCAUGGCCUUCAUUGAUCCUGCACUCAUGUUCCUUUGCAUUGGGAUGGAUUGUGAUACCCUUCUAUGUCCAGUCAUUCGUUUCUUCAAAGAUGGGUCACCUUGGAAGUACAGAAUUAAAUUUCGGAAGCACCUUGGUAACUUUGACCAUCUUAAACGCUUGCACUUCAUUAUCCUGGAGUCUGAUUCCAGAACUUAUCAGCGGUGUUUUGCAACUGGUUGGCAUCCACUCCCUGUUAUCAUCAGGAAGGCAAAUAAAGUCAUAUGAUAUGAACGCAGCACUUGAAGGCGAAUUAUAAAAAGGAUAAAGCUUUUACACUUGACAAACUGAUUGUGCAAUAGCAACUUCUGUUUGAUUCACUAAUCACUAGAAUAAAGCCUCUUCUUCCUCU